CGUCCGGCGGCCGCGCCUCCCCUCCCGCCUCCGGCUGUGGCGGGCGAGGACACGUCAGGGGACAUAAAUAAAUAAAUAAUUCCAUUCACCCGGUGACAGCCAGGCGAGCCGGCUGCCGCUGGGGCGGGGUGGGGAACGGGGAGCUGCGGCGUCCACCCGGAGCCGGAGACGAGGCAGAAAUGCCAAGAGGAGCAGCCAGCAGUGUGACCUUUUUUGUACUCAGUGAUAACUAAACACAGGUGUACUUUGGGUGGUGAGUGAGUGGCUGAGACACUUGGGAAGUGAAGGUCUGAAGAGAGAGCUGUGGAAGGAAAGCGCUGAGUCACUUUUAAGGGACAAUGCUUUCCUUUGAAGCCUUAGACCAGGGGAUCUUGGAAACCAAAGGACUUUAGGAUUCUUUGUGCCAAGAGAGCUUCCUUUUUUUCUAAGUGACUUCAGUUGACUUUUCUGGGAUUCAUUGGAGCAUCACUGGCUGUCUAACUGGAAAAGAGCAUUGAUUUUAUCUGUUAGUUCUUCAAGGAUUUCAUCAUCUCUUGCCAGGUAAUCUGAAGUGUGCUCUACCUCUUUUCCUAUGUAUUGCCUUCAGGUAUCACUCACAAGCUAUAGUGAUUAAGAUAAAGAUUCCACCUUUAAUCCAAAGAAAUCUGUUCAAGGGGGCAUCUGUCAACAGGUGAUUUAAGGUUCAAUUAGAGGAGCAGAAAUGCCACCAAUGCCAAGUGAGCCACCCCAGCACCCACCUCCUGAUGGAGGAUGGGGCUGGGUUGUGGUCGGAGCAGCUUUUAUCUCCAUUGGAUUUUCAUAUGCAUUCCCUAAAGCCGUCACAGUAUUCUUCAAAGAAAUUCAGGAAAUAUUCCACACAUCCUACAGUGAAAUAGCAUGGAUAUCAUCCAUUAUGCUGGCUGUUAUGUACGCGGGAGGUCCCAUAAGUAGUGUUUUGGUGAAUAAAUAUGGCAGCCGGCCGGUGGUGAUGGCAGGAGGUUUACUAUGCUGUUUGGGAAUGGUCUUGGCCUCCUUCUGUACCAGUGUAAUACAGCUUUACCUCACUAUGGGAUUCAUUGUAGGUUUAGGUCUAGCCUUCAACCUGCAACCAGCCUUAACGAUAAUUGGCAAAUACUUCUAUAAGAAACGACCCAUGGCCAACGGAUUGGCUAUGGCAGGAAGCCCUGUUUUCUUAAGUACAUUGGCUCCUUUCAAUCAGUACCUUUUUAACACUUACGGUUGGAAGGGAAGCUUCUUGAUUUUGGGAGGUAUACUUUUGAAUGCGUGUGUGGCUGGGUCACUCAUGAGACCCCUCGGACCAAAACAGACUACUUCUAAUUCCACGAAUAAGACUGGCAUAAGAACAGAAGAUUCAAAUCUGCAGAAAAUCCAGAAGAAAACAAUGUCAGAAAAAAUUAAUAAGUAUUUAGACUUUUCCCUUUUUAAGCACAGAGGAUUUCUUAUAUACCUCUCGGGAAACGUCAUUAUGUUUCUGGGCUUUUUUGCCCCCAUCAUAUUCUUGGCUCCUUAUGCUAAAGAUCAGGGAAUUGAUGAGUAUUCUGCAGCUUUCUUGCUGUCUAUUAUGGCUUUUGUUGAUAUGUUUGCUAGGCCUUCUGGAGGGCUAAUUGCAAACUCCACACUCAUUCGACCUCGAAUCCAGUAUUUCUUCAGUUUUGCAAUCAUGUUCACCGGAAUAUGUCAUCUCUUGUGCCCUCUGGCAACAGACUACACAAGCCUGGUGGUGUAUGCUAUAUUUUUUGGCCUUGGAUUUGGGAGUGUUAGCAGUGUCCUCUUUGAAACGCUUAUGGACCUGGUUGGUGCUCCAAGGUUUUCCAGCGCUGUGGGACUUGUCACAAUUGUGGAGUGUGGUCCAGUUCUUCUUGGCCCUCCUAUUGCUGGUAAAUUGGUGGACAUAACUAGAGAAUAUAAAUACAUGUACAUAGCCUGUGGGGCUAUUGUGGUAACAGCAAGCGUUUGGCUGCUGAUUGGCAAUGCUAUAAACUAUAGAUUGCUUGAACGGGAAAAGAAGAUGGAAGAAGCACAGAAGAAGAAAAUGCAGGCGCUUGACUCCAGGGAAUGUGAACCCUUGCACAAACCCAUACAUGAUGAUGAAGUUACUGUCAAGGUUCCAGAAACACAGGAUGUUCCUCCAUCAGAAAGAGAAACCAAUAUUUAGCAAGAGUCACGUCUCCAUUUCAGUGUUUAUGACUUUGCUUAGGAAUGGGUUUUUGUGUUUUCAAAUAUUGGAAAGGUUUUUAGCUGAAAUGAGGAGUCACAGAAGGGUGAAGAUGAGACUGUCCUCAGUGGCAAGUUUGAAAUUAGUUUUAAAAACUUAUGUGGGUAGUUAAACUUUGAGAAUAUGCAUACAAGGAAUCUACAUGACAGAUUUAUUUCCAAAUACGACUCUGGGUGUGGUGGUUACGAUACUAAUUUCAAAGUCUUCCAGGGGACUUCCAGUCUUGGUUAUUUAGAAAGAUCUGCAUCCUGAACCCCUGUGUAAGUAGUUAGGGAGAUGUUUAACCCCAUAAAUGAGCCUCUUCUUAUUUCAUUUUUUAUUUAACAUUAAGGUAUAAAAUAGAAUUGAAGGGACAUGAAUUCUCUCCUGCACACACACACACAUACACACAUUCAUAUCCAAAUGUACAGAGUACCUGGAGAACAAGAUAAAUAAAUUAAAAAAGAAUAUUAUCAUAGUUAUUCUUUUUUAGUAAAAAAAAUCCAUGGUGACAAAAGAAAUGUGGUAUAUCUGCAUGCUACUUUACAGUGUGGAUUUUAAACAUGAGCACAUGAGUCAAAAUGAGAGUGACUAAUUUAAAAAUCAGCUGACUGCUGUAACAAAGCAUUUGCAUAAACAAAAUAAGUUUGAUAAAGAGAAAUCUCAGUUUUAAACCAUUGUUACUCCUGGGUAUCUUUAGACUUGAUUAAUCCAUGCGCGUGACUUCCUUGUGGGUGGAGGUGGAUCAUCAGUGCCUGAUGUUAUAGAGCCCUCAAAUAAUUUUUAGAAUUCUUAUCUAAUGUGAGAAUCAAAUUAAACAUUGAAAUGACACCUAGCAAUGAGUUAUGUCCAGUGAUUUUAAAAGUGCUUUAAUAAUUCUUGAUCCAGAAAGUAAUAACUAGGGAUUUAUUUUAACCAGGCCUCAAUCUAGAUCCAAUGUCAUACUGAAAUAUCAAAGUCGAGUAUUCUGGAGACAUAGUUAACAGGUUUAUAAAUAGACCAAAUGCUCAUUUUCCCUAUCACAUAGCAGUGUCAGAGGUUCCGCUAUGAAGAAUUCAACUGACUAAAUGUGGGAGGUGGCUUUAAUGAGCCUUCUAAGCUCUCCUCUCUGGCCUUUUACUGCAUCACCGAAAACGCCUGGUAUGAUAGGAAUGGCAGCAUUUGAAAAUUCUGCCCUCUACUGGUGAGGUUUCCUGAUGCCUGUAAACAUAACUGAACUAGGAAUCUGUUCAGAAUGGCUUCUAGAAUUACAGACUGUGUGUGACUUACAGUAAAAGUUUACUUUUAUUGUAAUAGCCAGAAGCUUGAAAUAUUGCAUGCCAGAUUGCUUUAGCAGUUUCUCAUUUUUAUAUCUAUAUGAAAACAUCUGGGAAUCUGAAUCACACUUGUAUACAGGGGCAUAUGAUAGUUCUGUGCUUUCAAACCUAUCAAUAUCAUUUUGAGUGAGAAAGUGCUUUCAAACAAGAAAGAUAUUGUGCAUUAUGGCUAAAAAAAUUAUAAAUAUGUAUAUCUAUAAAUCUAAGAUUUAAAUUAACAUGAUUGAUAAAGAAGCAUUUAGUGCUUAAUUAUUGCAGUGAUGUCACUCUUAAGACGUCAAAGGGAAUUUGCUGUUCCUUUUUUUAUUAUUAUUAUAGUAGAAGCAGGUGCUAUUUGUAACUCCUGUGAGAUUGCACCUGGAUACCAAGCUUUCGUAGUAGUUAACAUUAAGGAUUUGAGUCACGAAAUUUAUGCACUGAUUAAGCAUGCAGCUGAUAUUUAGGAAGCUAUAUAAAAUUCCAUUUUUCAUUUAAUAUUGCUUUAUGCAUAUGAAGAAGUAUUUGUAUUUUUCAAUUAUUAAAUAAAAGAAGAUGUGCCAACAUCAUACAUACAUAAAUCAGGAAAAUGUGACAAGAUAUGGCUGUUUUUAAUUUAGUCUCACCCAUCCUUGAUUCUUGAAUUAGCUGUCUUUUGUUGCUAGUGUUUUCAUAUUCAACUCUGAUUCGUCAUAAGAAAUCCAGCUGCAUAAAUUGUCUAAUACUUCUCCAGUUUAAACAUUUCCAAAACAUGUUUUUAAUUCUCUUCAAAUAUACUUUUAUAUUAAUAUAAAUAUCAGACCCCAGGGGAAAAUAAAUAGAAGAGUAAUGACCACAGGGUUUUAAGUCUAAGGAAAUCUAAGAUUUCCUUUUUAUCACCUGUCAGUGAAGACCUGCUGUUGGAUGCAUUCCAGCGGACUUCUCCGUGGAGAUUUACUUACUUCCUGAUAAGACAAGUCAAAACCAAUUCACAUUUGCUUUGCUGCUCUUUGGUUAUAUUCAUUAAUUCUUCAUUUCUAAGACUGAAAGUAUUAAGUUAUUAGAGAAGAAAGAGAAGUAAAUUUGCAUAUUCAAAGCACAUGUGUGUGAAGUGCAUAGUCACUCCUGGCAGUAGUACUAUACUGUAUAGUUAUAAAUGUGUUAACUCCCAUACAUUGAUGUUGAAAAGUAAACCACUACACACUUGAAAUCAGUGCUAUUUACAGUAUUCAGAAUUGUUCAAGGGUCAUGUAAAUGAGUCUGCUUGUUUCUUUGCUCCAAUCUGUGAACCUGAUAGAUAUGUUGACUUAACAAAGUCUUUCAAAUAUUGAGAAAAGAAUAUCAGCACAGAAGUUUCAUUAUUACAUAAUAGCAUAAAUGGAGUUUGAAAUAUAGGUUGCUUUUGUGUCUACAACAAUUAGCACUGAAUGUAUUUUCCUCUAGGAAACAAAAGGUUUUGGAUGUUAAAGACAGCAUGAAGCAUUGUCAGAGUACGCCGCUAAAAUCCUUGCUAAGCCAUAAUUCUCCAUCCUGAAAUUGUGCAGAAGGAGAGUUGUCAUGAACUGGUUCCCAAAUUAUCACUAGCUAGUUUCAGUAUUUUCCCAUUUGCAUUACCUGAGCAUCUUAUAUUUUUCACUAUUGAGCCUUAAUUAUGCCUCACUAACUUAGGAAUUGAACAAUGACUAGGGACUUGUCUUGACCCACCCCCUCCCUCUUCCCUGACCCUUUUUGUUUCCAAACAACACACUUUAAGGGAUAAUGGGUCAGGUUCUAGUGUAUUUCACAUUGAAUGAUGUUCUCUCAGCAUAAGUUCACAUGAUUUUUACAUUUCACUUCUUAAUUUUCUUUCAAAACACUUUAGAAAAAAUUUCUCUUUUAUGUAGAAUAUUACAAAUGUUUAAGAAAACAAUAAAAAUCAUGAUUAUUAGGCUCAGUUUAAUAGGGCAAAAGGAUGCAAGUGCGAAGGGAACUAGUAUGUACAUGCCAUGCAUUUUGCUUACAUAAUGCCUUUUUAUACUCAAACCAAAGCCAUGGUAGAAGUUAUUAACUUGAUAUGAGAGAUGAAUGAAUGCAAAAACACACGUUCAGAGAAGCUAAGAAAAUUGUUCAAAGUUAAAAGAUAGUAUAGGACAGAACCAAAUGGAAGCUCGGGUUUAUCUAAAAGCGGAAAGAGCCCCUAGAAUGUUCACACUGCCUCCUACUAGAAGCUAUGGAAGCAAAAGCAGGUAAAAUAUAGGCACAGAAAUGUAAAGCUAUGGAUAAGACAAUUAGGUAUAAUUGUGGUUUUUGUUAUGAUUUAUUUAGCUUUUAUAAGAGACUGCACUUGCUAUAGCCUUAAUAUGUAAUAUCCAAAUGACUUGUUUUCCAGCCAAUGCAAAUUAUUUCAGAUAUUGAUUGUGAUUAUACAAUAGGCAUGAUUGUUUUAUUGUGAUUUUCCCUCAAAAAAUCAGUGAUACAUGUAUAUGACUCAAUCACAACAUA